UGUUGAUAAUUUCUGGUGACGUCGAGAACCUUGCGCAGCCGCAGCCCGGGAGGAGAAGAUGGUGCUUAUCAAGGAAUACCGUGUGAUCCUACCGAUCUCUGUGCAAGAGUACCAAGUCGGUCAGCUGUUCACUGUAGCAGAGGCCAGUAAGAAUGAGACGGGGGGAGGAGAGGGCAUCGAGGUGCUGAUAAAUGAACCCUACGAGGACGAGGGAGAGAAGGGACAGUACACGCACAAAGUCUACCAUCUAAAGAGUAAAGUCCCAGCCUGGUUGAGGUAUAUUGCACCAGAGGGAGCAUUAGUCUUCCAUGAAAAAGCCUGGAACGCAUACCCGUUCUGUCGCACCGUUAUAACGAACGAGUAUAUGAAAGAUGACUUCCUGAUAAAGAUCGAGACGUGGCACAAACCUGACAUGGGAACACUGGAAAACGUGCAUGACUUGGAUGGUCCUACGUGGAAGACAGUGGAGGUAGUCCCCAUCGAUAUCGCAGACAAAGAUGUGGUGGCCCAUGGGGACUAUAAACCAGAGGAGGACCCUGCUCUCUUCAAAUCGACAAAGACAGGCAGAGGACCACUCUCACCUGAAUGGAAGAACGAUCUGAUGAACAAGACGGACUGUCCUAAGAUGUGUGCCUACAAACUGGUCACUGUCAAGUUCAAGUGGUGGGGCCUGCAGACCAAAGUAGAGAACUUCAUCCAGAAGCAAGAGAAGCGUAUUUUCACUAACUUCCAUCGCCAGUUGUUCUGUUGGAUCGACAACUGGGUGGAGCUGACCAUGGCGGACAUCCGACGAAUGGAAGAGGAGACCAAGAAAGAGCUGGAAGAGCUGCGUAGGUCAGGUCAGGUUCGAGGCAUGACUGCGGCUCACGAGCAGUGAGGUUGACCAACAAAACCCUUCCAUGAUGAUGUUACCAUGUCCACAGAGGAGAGGAAGUCUCUGCUCUACUUCCUGUCUCCCAUGAUUCAUAUGGGGGGGUUUGUCCUGAUUGGUCAAUGUUAUUGUACUGACCCUCAAUCACAUGCCUCCGAUUCACACAGAAAAACAAAAGCGGUUUUGCAUUUAAAGAAAAUUUUUAAACUCUUUGCACAGAAGGUAAAUGUAAUUGUUAGUUGAUUAUAAGACGGGCUUCGUUUGUAUCCAGAGACACAGAAAGCCAAGCCUUUUAAACAGAUAAGAAUGUUAUUUGUUAUUUUACAGUUCUCUGUAUGUUAUAAUUUCCCCCAAAAUUGGAAUAAGAUAAUGUAUUAACAGGUAUUGGACCAAUUUUAUUUUUCAUGUAUUUGUGUUCCCUGUUUUUAUCACACUGUAUCUGUCAUUCUGCCAUGGCUCCGGUUGGUUUCAUCCUUGUUUCUUCCCCCUCCUGAGACUACGGUCCGUAUCAGCCCUUAUCCGAGUUGUAGUGGUCUGCAGACGUGAAACGCGUCCCAAAUGGCACCCUAUUCCAUAUAGUGCACCACUUCUGGCCUGAGCGCUGGGUCUGAACAGGCUGCCAUUUUGGGAUGUAGAUGAAGCACUUCAACCCCUGGUCUCUGUCCUGUCUGUCUGACAGGUGGCUGGGGAGACAGUUGUUAUUUUGUUGAUUUGGCCCAGGUCUGUGGCUCUCUCUCGUAGAACCUGAUGUUUCUGCAUGACUUGAUUUUCCUUCGCUACCUUACAAUAUAAGCCAGACACACACACACACACACUCUCGUGAGUGCAUGUGUACAACUGCAACCCACAGUGACUGGCAGUGCAUGUGCGUUCAGAUGCCUCCGUACUCUGCCGUUAGGGAGAGUGUGUCCAAACGAGAGAGGGUUAGGAUCCUCUGUGGACACAACUAUGGCUAGAUAUGUAGUUGUGUGUUUAGGAUUCUGCUUCUGAGUGGUUUUGGCACAGCUAUGCUUCUCGCUGCUACCUGAUCCAGCCUGUUGUAAAUUGGCCUUGCGCUGUGGCUGCACCCCUCUCCUGUAAACUAGGGCUUCAAUACCAGGGCUGGGUCUACUUCAACUCAGUCCUUUAAGGACUUCAACCAGAAAUUUCAAUUCAAUUUAAACAUGUAAUUUCUUGGAUUGGACUUUCAAAUGCAUUUCCUGAAUGGACUCCAUUGAAAUGGAAUUGGCCUCUGGUUUUUAACAAGAGGGCUGGGCUGCCCCAGGGCAACCUAGCUUCUAUUUUACUAUAACUGAUGAUGAUGAUGAUGAAGAGUGUGUGUAUACUGUAAAUGGUUUUGUAUAUCCUCUUGGAUAAUUGUAGUUAUGUUUGUCACGCUGUUCUCCCUCCACUCAGGGUUGUGAUCGAGUGGUUUGGCAAACUUCUACAUUUCUUGUAUGUUUUUUUUUUUUUGCUGUGUUUUUGUUGUUGCAUUACUGUCUAUUGAUCAUGUAUGUUGUCGUCAUUUCCCUUUUUAACGUGUUAAGGUUGUAAACAUUUCGUCAUUUUUUUUGCCUCGUGCUGCUAAACCAGCUGUAUCUAGUACCUCCUUGAUGCCCCUUUGCUUUCUGCCUACUUGGAGUCACGUCGCGCGUUAAUGACAUCGGAGCGAGAGCUAGACUUUGGUGGCUUUUUUUAUUUUUAUACUUUGAAGUAUUUGAUAGAUGAUCCCCAGGUCUGCUAUACCAUUAGGAGGGACAGAAAGACAUGGUCCUUGUGACUGUCCAGCUGUCCUGUGGGACUACCAGCCUAGUUCUACUACUGUAGUGUUGACCGUCCUCUGAUUUCAUAUUGACGAUGAUACAUGGUGGUCGGGUCUACUCUAGACGGACCUGUCUUGUCUCCCAGUACUGUAACUAUAUACAGCAGGACGCUGGCUCUAAUGGCGACCUGUUCCAUAUAUAGUGCACUACUUUUGGCAGGACAAUAUUGUAAAUGGGGUGUUAUUUAAGGCGUAAAUAUAAUCACACUCUUGAUUUCAGAUCAGCGUGUUGUUCAGACACUGCUUCGAAAGAUUCCCUUUUUUUCCUGCCAAUGGCUAAGGUUAGGAUUUGGAGAAUAAUCUGAUCCUAGAUCUGUGACUGUGGUCAUUUGAUGUUCCGCCCCCAUGGCUUUCAUCAAUUUUGGAGUUGUACAUUCACGAAGGUAAUACAAUGUGUCUGAGGUAAUGAAUUUCUCUGAAGUACGCAAAGACAGUAAUACGUUCUCCAUCGGCGCAAUGCUGACCAUGUAGCAACCUGCUGCAGCAUUAACAGAUAAGGAUAUAUAAGUGUAUCUAUUUAUACUAACUUUAAGAAUUUGAUAGUUAAUUCCCAUUGUGAUAUUGUUUUAAGAUUUUGAUCUCCUGGGUAAUGAACCGUUGGAGUGAGACACUGUUAAGUGAAACAGUGAAGUUUUUGGGCCAUUUUAUUGUUUCUCUUUUUAAUGUUUUGUCUUGUAGAUUUUAGCUAUUCCUGUUGGAUCAUUGUCUAUUGGGUCGAAUGUGACCCAUAACUGUCCCAUGAUAUGGGUUAGUCUUUAUAGAAAUGCCAGUGUCAACCAGGGUGUGAGGGGAGGGGUUGCACAUUUUUGUUCUAUCCCAGCACUAACACCUGAUUCAACUACCUAUCACCAAGCCACUGAUUAGUUUAAUCAGGUGUGUUAGCACUGGGCUGGAACAAACACGUGCAACUCUGUGGAUCCUCCCAGGAAGGGAUUGAGAAACACUGGCCUUAGGGCUCUAUUAAAUCCGUAUCGUUGAAGUUAAGCAUUACAGCGGGAUUGAGUUUUAAAGGCAAUGUUCCCGCAUUAGCAGAGACCGCAUUCACGGUAAACACUGCAUAUGUCGGCUCAAUUGAAAAAUUACCUUAAAUUUCUAUCACGGACUCUAAUGCUUCAGCGAUACAGAUUGAAUAGAGCCUUAGACAGUCCAUAACAUACUGUAUGUCUUGUCAUCAUGACCAAGCACUUGCAAAAUCUACUGUACAUUUCCUUUGAAAGAAAAAGAUUUUCUGAUCACAAGGUAAAAUUCAUGGGAAUUUAGUAGUGAAUGUAAAAAUAUUUUUUGUUUCACAGCUGCUGAGCUGUGGCAAGGUCUAGAUAAUGGAAUUGAACAGAAUAUCUAAUAAAAUGGAACAAACCUCCA